AUGGAGAGCGACGUGCGCGCGAUGUUCGAACGACCCGUCGUCAAGGAUGCGCUGCGAAGCGGCGUCGACGCCGCCGACGGCGCGGACACCGCGAUGCGGGUGUUUAAGGCGCUGGAGGAUAGAAUAACGCGCGAUCGUGAGGCGUUACAAGCCGCUGACGCGCGCGAGCUGCGCAUCGUGGACAUGUUGCGGACGUCCGAGAGAGAGAAGAUGGAAGCGUUCGCGGCGGCGAGGCGGGCGACGAGCGAACUCGACGCGCACGUCGCGCGACUGCGCGUGGACGCGAAAGUGCGCUCCGACGUGGUCGCCAAGGCGGAGCGGGCGACCGCGGAGGGACGCAACGCGAGCGCGAUGUACGAGGCGACGAGAGAGAAGCUCGUGGAGGCGACGCUGGAGCUCGAGAAGCUGCGAGAGAAGGACGCGAACCGAGAGGAGUUGAUUCGCGUCGCGGUCGAACGCGCGACGGCGAACGAACGACGGCGGUGCGACACGGAGGCGACGAAGGACGCGGCGAAGACGCGCGCGGCGCUCGCGGAGAUGUCUAAGAAGCACGCGGAGCAGGAGGGGAACCACGCGCGGAUGAUGGCCGAGACUAGGGCGGAGCUGAAAGGCCGUUCAGAAGACACCAUCAAACGCGCGGCGGAUCUCGAGAGGGAAGCGUACGAAGCGCACCGCGAGGCGCUGCACGCCGACCACGAGCGCGCGCGCGUCGCGGAGGAGGCUGGAAACGUCGUCGAGGGCGCGAUACGGCAGCGCGAGUGGGCGCUCACCGCGCUCGAGCGGUGCGUCGAGGCUGAGGAGGCGUUCACGAAGAAGCUGCAUUACGAGCUGUACGUCGCCGCGUCGCUCGCGGUGCCGGACACGGUGGGGGUAACCGAAGAAGACGAGGCGUUACAUAAAGAGACAUCCGUCAUCGCGAAGCACGUGAAGACGCAGCUGAGCGAGCUGAAAGAGGAGCUCAGAGGUUUAAGGCACGACGCGGUGUACGCGACGAAAGUCGCGACGGACGCGGCGAGACUCGCGGGAAUCGCCGAGGGCGCGGAGGCGUGCGCGAAGCUGACGCGCGAGGCGCACGCGUUAGCGUCGUGGGGACGCGACGCGACGUACGCCACCGAGGAUGAACCCGGGCUGAGGAAGAUCGCGGAGGUCAUGGACGAGGAGGCUGCGCUCGCGCGACGAGAGAGCAGCCGCGGGGAGCCGCGGCGGCUGUUGAUGGAAUACCUCGGCCGCGAGUUGCCGCCGCCGGCGACGAUGACGGAGGAGGAGGCGGCGACCGCGCUGAACCUGACGCCGAUAAAACCCGCCCACGCCGCGGUCGUCGAGGAGGGAGAGAACGAAUCGCCCGCGGAGAGAAUGAAACGCGCGGCGGACCCCCGCGAGAAGGAGAAGGAGGUGGAGGAGGAGGUGACGACGACGGCGGCGACGAACCCGGAGCCGACGAGCGCGAUCGAUUUCCAGCGCGCGGUGUCGGCGAACGCGGACUGGACGAAACUGCCGACGUUCGACGAGACGACCGAGCUUCUCGCGAAGACGGCGAGCUCGAAAGCGACGCCGCUCGCGGAGAUCGUGAACGCGGACGCGGAGACCGCGGCGGUGCCGAGGAAGAAGCUCACGUUUCACACCGGCGGCUUUGGCGACGGCGACGGCGACGGCGACGGCGACGGCGGCAGCGACGACGCGAACGCCGCGACGACGCGAGGGUCGAAGACGGUCGGGACGAGAGGGAGGCGGACGCCGUCCAAGGCGCCGCUGCCGGACUUUUUCCGGACGGACUCCGCGCCGCCGUUGACGACGUCGGGGUACACGCCGACGAUGAGCGCGACGAGGGAGAUCGCCGCGCUCGUGAAGAACCUCAGGUUUUAGCGUACACGUACACGUAGUCGCGAGAUGUGAGAUAGUCGAAGAUAGUCGAGUUCGACGCGUCGUCGGUCGCUUUUGCGGCUGGCUACUUUUGCACAUUCCACGCUGCUACGUUACUUUACUGACGCGUUCUCGCCGUCUUCGUUCGGCUCAAAAGAACCCUUAAACAAUCCCGCGCCGCCGUCUUCCGCGCGCUCGCGUCACCGGCUCUGCGCUUGCAGCGAGAGCAAGUUCUCGUACGACUGCAGCGACCGGAACGGCACGAACCCUUUCGGGGAGUCGUCCCCGCCCAAGCCGCCGCCCGCGCCCGCCGCAUCGGCGAGCUUCCCCGCGCUCGCGAUUCUCUGCAGCGACGAACUCCCGACGAGCCCCCCGUGCGUCUUUCCGCCGCCCGCGCCGCCGCCGCCUGAACCGCCGCCGCCGCCGGUGCCGAGGAGCAACGUCAGACGCUCCACCUCUGACUUCAGCGCGGCGAUCUCGCGCAUC